UUCGUUCGGUUCGCUCGCUCGGCGCUCGCCGCUGUUGCCGCCGAACUUCUCAGUCGAGUCCCGUGAGCGAGGCCGGGAGUAGCUUUCGCGCGCGGUGUUGGAAAGAGUUGUGAAAGGAGAGAGAGAGAGAGAGAGAGAGAGAGAGAGAGAGAGAAAGAAAGAGGAGAAGAAAAAAAGGAGUGAAAGAGUGCGAGAAAGAGAGAGAAAAGAGGCAAAUGCCAAGCAUGCUUGGCUCGCAUACCUUAUUACAAGGCGGCGUAUGCAAUUUUGUCCUUCUGUGAAUAUAUCAUCAUCGCACAUCCGAGUUACAGCCGAGAGUGCGCGAGUAUAUUGUAAUAAUAUCGCAAAGUUGUGUGUGACGACGACGACGACCGAGUGACAAAAAGGAGUCGCCGCCGUCUGUUUUACAUAGUGUGUUGUUUUGUUUAUCAUCAGUGCUAGUUCUUAUUGUUGUUGUGUAUUUUGCCAAGACAAACGACACAUCCGUAAUAAUCAUAAUAAUAAUAUCAUCGUCUCGUGUCGUGAAAGUAGUCGUUGGUGUGCGUGCGUGAGUAGCGCGCGCGCGUGUGUAUAAUAAUAUCAGUGUGCAGUGUGCAGUUCGCGGUUGCAUUCAACAAAUUGGAUGUGCACGUCGCCGUCGCGGUAUAAGGCCCCCCGAGUCACUACAUUCUCGACAGUCCAGAGAGUCGCGAGAGGAUGCGCGCGGCUCCAGUAGCCGCGGGGGGUAGUGGAAGUACAAGCAGCGGUAUCAACAGCAACGGCAACCCAGUAGCAGUAGUCGAGCUCGAGGAGAUGAUGUUGACGUCGCCGAGGCGGCUUCACUGCCAUGCUACCGCUAAAAUCCCGAGCCGCCGCUAAGCUCGUAGCAGUGAACGACGACAAGCUUUAUUGCAGCAGGAGGCCCGUAAAGGAGCAUCAGCGUGUUUUGAACGACGACGACUAGGCUCGCACGCGUUUGUCAACAAAAAGAAAAACAUCAACAACAACAGCGACAUCGGAGUGAGCAGAGAGCAUCGACACACCUAGUUGAGCCUGAGGAGCUCACGGAGUGCGGAGCCCUAUUGCAACCACUACCACUACUAUUGCUGCUGCUGCGAAAGAGAGAUAGAAGAUAGACAGCGACAAUAGGAUAUACGCUGCUGUGCCGAGCGACGACGAGUUCGAGUGAAGAAUAUAUAAAAAAUAAAAAAAAGAGUGAUUAUUGAAAAUCCUGUGCAGUUUUUUGUGCGUGUUGUAUUAUAUAUAAUAAUAAUUGUGCGAGAGUUUGACAGUUAUUUUUUCUGCUGCUGUUAUCGAGACGCGAAAGCCGCUCUCGAACAGAAAAGCGAGAUAAGAGAAGGAAGACGUUCGCGCGGGGCGAAAAAACGAGGAGGAAGACACUACUGCUACCACUACUACCGCUACCGCCGUGUAUUUCGCGCGCUCGCGAGCACUGAGAAACAGACAGAGAGGAAAUAAGAAGAAGAGUGCCGAUCCCGACCGCUGCAGGACAACGACGCAGCUUGCAUUUUUAGGUAACGACCUAAGGUGCAUCCAUCGAGGCUAGGAUGUGCCAAGGGUCCAGAAUGACGUCGACAAAAAGCACCACAAUGGCCACGAUGCCGGCUCUCGUCCUGCUGCUGCUGCUGCAGCUGUCGAGCUGCGCCCGGGCGGCCCGGCCGGAGGUCGUCGUCGCCCAGUUCCACGACGAGCAGGUGCACCGCAUGAAUCACCUGGUGGUGGACAAGAACACGGGCCGCGUCUACGUGGGCGCCGUCAAUCGUCUUUACCAGCUCUCCCCGGAUCUGAAUCUGGUGGUGCGCGAGGUCACCGGGCCCAAGAACGACUCGACCGAGUGCUCGAUGAUCGACUGCCCGGAGAGCAUGAGGAAGCUCCUGGACAACGUCAACAAGGCCCUCGUCAUCGAUUACACCACCACCAGGCUCAUAUCGUGCGGAAGCCUGUUUCAGGGCAUGUGCGACGUGCGCAAUCUGCACAACAUCUCGGACGUGGUGCAGGUGGUCAAGGAGCCCGUGGUGGCCAACAACGCCACCGCCUCGACGGUGGCUUUCAUCGCCCCGGGCCCGCCCAAUCCGCCCGUCUCGCAGGUCAUGUACGUCGGCGUCACGUACACCGGCAACUCGCCCUACCGCUCCGAGGUGCCGGCCGUGAGCUCCAGGUCGCUCGAUCGCGACCGCAUGCUCAACAUCGCCGACUCGGCGGUCACCACGGGCACCCGCAUGUACGUCAACUCGCUGUCGCGCGAGCGCUACCCCAUCAACUACAUCUACGGCUUCAGCAGCGAGGGCUUCAGCUACUUCCUCACGACACAGCUCAAGUCCACGAGCACGGCCGUGUACAUCUCCAAGCUGGUGCGCGUCUGCCACGACGACCAGCACUACUACUCCUACACGGAGAUACCGAUCGAGUGCACGUCGAGCAAGGGCAAGACCUACAACCUCGUGCAGGCCGCCUACAUGGGCAAGGCGGGCUCGGUGCUGGCCGGCGACCUCGGCAACACGCCCCAGGACGACGUGCUGUUCGCCGUGUUCGCCGAGAGCGACAGCCCCAACAGCAGCAAGCCCAAGAACCAGUCGGCCCUCUGCGUUUACUCGCUCAAGGCCAUCAGGCGGCGCUUCAUGAGCAACAUACAGAAGUGCUUCAGCGGCGAGGGCGAGCGGGGUCUGGACUUCAUAUCGCCGAGUCACAACUGCGUAUCAACGAAACUGCAAACAAUCGGCGAGGACUUCUGCGGCCUGGACGUCAACACGCCGCUCGGCGGCCGCGAGCCCAUGACCGCCGUGCCGGUGCUCACGUUCGAAGAUACAUUGCUGACAGCUGUUGCCGCUACGUCGACCAGCGACUAUACCGUCGUGUUCCUCGGUACCAGCAAGGGACGCCUCAAGAAGCUCGUGGUCGAGUCGGCCAGCCAAGCCCAGGAAUACGGCGACAUGGUGAUCGACGAGGACUCGCCCGUCAAUCCCGAUCUACUGUUCGACACGCAGCACCAGAUGCACCUCUACGUGAUGACCAAGCAGCGCAUCUCCAAGGUCAAGGUGCAGGAGUGCACCGUCUACAAGACCUGCUGGGAGUGCCUGAACGCCAAGGAUCCCUACUGCGGCUGGUGCUCGCUCGAGAACAAGUGCAGCCUGCGCAGCGACUGCCAGGACGCCGCCAAGGAUCCGCUCUACUGGAUCUCGUACAAGAGCGGCCGCUGCACCACCAUCACCAGCGUCAAUCCCAAUCAGCUGCAGAGGACCACGGCGAGGACGCUCGAGCUGGCCAUCGAGAAUCUGCCCAGUCUGCCUGGACAGUUCUUGUGCGCCUUCUCGGCUCUGGACAAGACUUUGAUCACUAACGCGACUAGGAAAUCGUACGGCGUGAACUGCACGACGCCGAGGACGGAUCUGUUGCCCCCUAUCCCGCCGGGACAGCACAACUUCACCGCCAAACUGUCGGUGAGAAUGACCAACGGCCCCGAUCUCGUAUCGACGGACUUCACCUUCUUCGACUGCAGCACGCACAGCUCGUGCACGCAGUGCGUCUCCUCGGAUUUCCCCUGCGACUGGUGCGUCGACGGGCAUCGCUGCACCCACGACACCGCCGAGAAUUGCCGCAACGACAUUCUCGUUACCGGAGUCAGCAGAACCGGACCGAGUUACCGUAGCGGACCUGCCUUCUGCCCGACCAUCAAUGCCACGGAUUCCAAGGAGAUUCUCGUCUCGUCCGGCAUCAAGAAGACGAUCCGCGUCAAGGUGCACAUUAUCGGCCAGUUCAUCGUGCAGACUCGCUUCGUCUGUCAGUUCAACAUCGAGGGUCGCGUUACCAGCGUCAAUGCUCGCCUCCUCGCCGACACGAUUUACUGCGACGACACCGAGUUCUCGUACACGUCCCGAGCUCCCAACAUCACCGUGCCCUUCGCCGUCAUCUGGGGCGGCUCCAAACCCCUCGACAAUCCGGACAACAUACACGUGGUGAUCUACAGGUGUCGCGAUAUGGCCGACAAUUGCGGCAUGUGCCAGACCCUCAACGAGAAGUACGGCUGCGGCUGGUGCAUGACCUCGGAUCGUUGCGAGGUGCGCGACCAGUGCGACAAGGGCAGCGGCACCUGGCUCGAUCGCAAUCAGACCUGUCCCAAUCCGGAGAUUCUGCGAUUCGAGCCGAUGAUGGGACCCUGGGAGGGCAACACCAACAUCACCAUCACGGGCAUCAAUCUCGGCAAGACCUUCAAGGACAUCUAUCAGGGUGUGACCGUGGUCGGACUCACUUGCCAGCCCUACGAGGAGCUCUACAUACGCACCAAGCAGAUCGUCUGCCGGGUCGACGGACCGGGCGACAACAAGAUACGCGAGGGCCCGGUCAUCGUCAGAAUUCAAGACUUCCGCGGCCAGUCCAAGGAGACGUACAAAUUCGUCGAUCCCAACAUCACCGCGAUCUCGCCGCGUCACGGUCCACUCUCCGGAGGCACUAGGCUGCGCAUCAGCGGCGCCUACAUGAACGCCGGCUCGCGCAUCCAGGCCUUCAUCGACGAUCUGCCCUGCGAGAUCAACAACACCGAGCACGACGAGGUGCUCUGCAUCACGAGCUCGAGCGAUCGCAAGCGCAAAGGUCUGGUGACGAUGCACUUCGACCAGUCGAUCCGACAGUUCAACGGACACUUCGAGUACGUGGACGACCCGUACAUCGAGAGCGUCGAGAGCGGCGUCGGUGGCCAGCUCAAAAUACCCAAGGGUAUUCCUAGCGGUGGCAUCAAGAUCAGCAUUACCGGCAAGAAUCUCGCCUACAUACAGAAACCCGAGAUGUACGUGUACUACGAGGGCAAACAGUACUUCUCUCAGGCUUGCCGAGUGCUCAGCCAGACGACGAUGAUGUGCAUGUCGCCCGAGAUCGACGUACCCCAGGGUCUCCUCGACGCCGAGAGGCCCCUGUCUCUCGAGUACGGCUUCCGCAUGGACAACGUUGCCAAGGUGCAAAACCUCACGCAGCAGAAGCUUCAUCCGUUCCUGCUCUAUCCCGACCCGGUGUACGACGUCUUCGACGAGGAGAUCAAGUACUACAAGAGCGACUAUCUCACCAUCAACGGACAGCAUCUCGACCGAGCCUGCCAAGAGCUCGACGUCAUGGUUAAGAUCGGUGACAGUUUCUGCAACGUCACUUCACUGUCUCGCUAUCAACUGACCUGCCGACCGCCCUUGAUGCAACCUCAGACCCUCGACGCGUUUGGCAAUGCCAAACCCGAGCUGCCCGAGGUGAUCGUCAUCGUCGGCGGCAAUCUCAAGUACAAAAUAGGCAAGAUCAGCUACGCCCUGCCCGCUGGCCUGAACGGACCGUUGUCGAAACCCGCGCUCAUCGGCGUCUCCGUGGCCAUAGUUGGCCUCGUGAUCGUGUUCAUCGCCUUCCUCAUCGCCUACAGGCGCAAAUCGACCGAGAGCAAUCGUGUCCUCAAGAACAUGCAGGAGCAGAUGGACAUUCUGGAGUUGCGCGUCGCGGCCGAGUGCAAGGAGGCUUUCGCCGAGCUCCAGACCGAGAUGACGGAUCUCACCGGUGACCUGACCAGCGGUGGCAUACCGUUCCUGGAUUAUCGCACCUACGCGAUGAACAUACUCUUCCCAUCCGACGACAAUCACGUGGUGCUGCAAUGGGAUAGACCCGAACUCAUGCGCAAGGAGAAGGGACUGCGCCUCUUCGGCCAGCUCAUCAUGAACAAGACGUUCUUGCUGCUGUUCGUGCGCACCCUCGAGAGCAAUCGCUACUUCUCCAUGAGAGACCGCGUUAACGUAGCGAGCCUAAUCAUGGUCACGCUGCAGAGCAAAAUGGAGUACUGCACCGACAUACUGAAGACGCUGCUUGCCGACCUCAUCGAAAAGUGCAUGGAGGGCAAGAGCCAUCCCAAGCUUCUGCUCAGGCGAACCGAGAGCGUCGCGGAGAAAAUGCUCACGGCCUGGUUCACCUUCCUGCUGUACAAGUUCAUGCGCGAGUGCGCCGGUGAGCCUCUGUACUUACUCUUCCGUGCCAUGAAGCAGCAAGUCGACAAAGGGCCCGUGGACGCAAUCACGUCCGAGGCCAGAUACUCCCUAUCCGAGGAGAAGCUCAUCAGGCAGUCGAUCGAGUUCAAGCCACUGACGGUGUACGUCUCGAUAUCGCAGCAAGCAGUGUUCGUGGGUGGCAUGGACCCGCACACCGAGAACGUCCCAGUCAAGGUGCUCGACUGCGACACCAUAUCACAGGUCAAAGAGAAGGCCCUAGACACGAUCUACCGAUCGACCCCCUACAGUCAGCGACCCCGUAAAGAGGACCUGGACCUCGAGUGGCGCACCGGCUCCGCUGGCCGACUGAUCCUCUACGACGAGGACUCGACUACGAAGCUCGAGAACGAAUGGAAGAAGCGCAACACGCUCAAUCACUACCGCGUACCAGACGGCGCCGCGCUCAGCCUCGUCUCCAAGCAGUCUUCCAUCUACAAUCUGUCGAUUCUCUCCGAGAAGACCGACAAGUCGCACAAGUACGAGACGCUGAAUCUCAGCAAGUUCAACUCGGCGAGUCCCCCACUGUCGCGCGCCACCUCGCCCCUCAAUCACGACCACGACGGCGGCAUGAAGGUCUGGCAUCUGGUCAAACACCAUCACGACAGCGACACGCAGAAGGAGGGCGACCGAGGCAACAAAAUGGUCUCCGAGAUCUAUCUGACUCGGCUGCUCGCCACCAAGGGCACCCUGCAAAAGUUCGUUGACGAUCUCUUUGAGACGAUAUUCAGCACGGCGCACCGAGGCUCCGCUCUGCCCCUCGCCAUCAAGUACAUGUUCGACUUCUUGGACGACCAGGCUCUGCACCACCAGAUCACCGACCCCGAGGUCGUGCACACGUGGAAGAGCAAUCUGCUGCCGCUGAGGUUCUGGGUCAAUCUCAUCAAGAAUCCCAAUUUCAUUUUCGACAUUCACAAGUCGAACAUCGUCGAUGCGUGCUUCUCCGUAGUUGCGCAGACAUUCAUGGACAGUUGCUCAACGUCUGAUCACAGACUUGGCAAAGAUUCGCCGAGCUCGAAGUUGCUCUACGCCAAGGACAUUCCAGUAUACAAAGAGUGGGUAGAACGCUACUACUCUGACAUCAAACUCAUGCAGCCCAUAUCUGACCAGGACAUGAACGCUAUGCUAGCGGAAGAAUCUAGACUACAUACAAACGAAUUUAAUACUAAUUGCGCUCUGUAUGAGUUGUACACGUACGCGAGCAAGUACAACGAGCAGCUGACGGUGACGCUGGAGGAGGACGAGUUCUCGACAAAGCAGCGUUUGGCCUACAAACUCGAGCAGGUGCACAACAUCAUGGCGGCUGACGGGAAUCCAUGAUGCCCGCUUUACACGAGCAAGCACUCGAACAAACCGGCGCGCAACGAGCUGGCCUGCUGAGGACCGAGAAGCUCGGCCCAGAGUCUGUGCGGUACACCAACAACCCUCAUGCCGAUGACACCGCCCGGACCCUGCGUCGACGACUAUUACUGGCACGUAUCGGGCCACUUCGAUCCUGAGCACCAGUAUCUGCUGGCCUCGCCACCGGCCACCAAGCGCUCCGAACCCGCAUCACCGAGUGUGAGCCGUAGAUAAAUCGUUUAUCUUCGAUGUAUCGUACUACACGUUUACCCGACGACGAUGAUUAUGACACGCGAUGAUGUGCUCAUCUCGUCACUUUUUUCUGUCACGGAAAGAAAUAAGCCAACGUUAGAUUGUAAAUCAUUUUUCAUUGCCAUUUGCGAAUGCGCGUUCUGAUCGACGUUGAUCGCGACGCAUUUGUCUCUCGGUUUGAAUGUUUCCUUUUAGCCGAGGAUCGUUUACUGCAAUUGCAAACAACAACUACUAGUACUACUACUAUUAAAUACGAUUACCUACUGUGAAAUGAUGGACGCUAAACUGUGUUUUUAAUGUUAAUUGAAGCGCGAGUGAUUAUAGGAGUUUGUACAUAUUUAUAUAAAAAAAAGAGUGAAUACCGCGCAAUCGUCCUUUUUAUUUGAUAAUUUUUUAAAUUAAUUUAUGUGUAACGGUGAUUAUUACGAUAUAAAUGUGUGUUUUAAACUGUGUAAAAUUGUUUAGAUCGUAAAAUCGAUUUUCUACGUUGGCCAGGAACAGUAACAAUGUGUCACACUUUGUACUAUCUUUCUACAUGUAAUUUCGAAUUAGCGUAUGUAAGCGUGUAUGCGUGUAUGUGUUACCUGGUUUUUUCACCUUCCAACCGAUCGGAUGAAUGAAUCGAUUAGUUUUUAUUAGAAAUACAAUUUUUACUUUUAUACUGCGAUUGGUACCAACGUUUAGCUGUGCCAAUUGAUUUAUAUUCAUGCGCAAUUUUUUGAUAUUUUAAUCAUUGUAUAAAUUUUGUAAAUUUGUUUAACUAAUAGUAUCACGUUGAUUAUCAGUUGAAGAAUAAGGCAAAUAGGAGAUUGAUUUUUUAAUUCGUUUUUUUACGCGAAUGAAUAAAAAAUAUUGUACCUCAGCCUCUAGUUGCAAUAUAUUUGGGGACUCGACUUCUUUACAGCAAAAAAUAUUGCAAUAAGAUGGCAAGCGGGAGGUGCCAAUAUUAUGAAUUUGCUUGAAAGAAUUUUUUUAUUUUUUCUAUAAUUGAAUUAUUGUAAACUUGAAAUUAUAGUACAUGACACUGCCACGCGCGAGAUAUGCUCUGAUAGAAAUUGAUUCAGUAGCGCCAUAUGAUGAUAUAAUUCGAAUUAUGUAACGAAUUCAAAUUUCCAUCCACACGAGCAAAAGCGAUUGGAGAAAAAAAGUAUCGAUUAAGAUUAUUAAUUGUAAAACAAAAUGAAUUAUGAUCUUUCGUGAUAAGAAUGAAAUAUAAAGUAUAUUAUAAAUGA